ACCAAGAAUAGAGUUAUAGCAACAAUCAGACGACAAGCUGAAUUGAUGAGCUGAUUCAGCUACAUAAUAGGACAUUUAGUUAUCGUGGACUAGCUUCCGGUCAAGAUGUGCAUAUUUAAGCUAAUGUUAGCUAGCUAGCUUACAACCCUGUAGCUUGCUGCUAUUCAGCACUAUGCCACUACGCCAAGCUCCAUUUAACACCUUGACCAGUAGAUAAUCAGCAAACAAACACUUCACACACAUUGUGGCUCAGGUCCUCUUGUGAAGCCCAGGAGCUUUUAUUAAUCUAACUAUGCAGUCUUAAUGCAGUUGAUUGUUUUGUUCCACAAAGCCCUUGCAUCGUGGAGGGCUGCUGCGAACAAUACAAAAGUCUGGAUUUUAUGAAGUUAAGUGUUGCAGUGCAUGUCACUUGAAUGCUCUGUUUAAGGCUCCAGCAACUACUACAGUGUCUCAGUUGUUUGGUUGAUUAGUGCGUGAGUCUGUUUACAUUGACAGAUAUACCAGAACACAAUAUGCUGCUGAAUUUAAAUUGAGUUUGGGGCGCCCCCUCCAUACAUCUGAUCAAACGGUAUGAGGCCUGUAGCCAUAAUCUAUAGCAAGACAUUGACAACAAGUCUGGUAUUGCUAAAUCUUUAAAACGUUGACAUGAAGGUGAGGUUAAACUUAGGGAGGAUAUAAUGUUGUUUGAUGAGAUUGCAAGGGGUAUUGAUCCUCAUGUCAUGUAUAAUCUCAUUGUAACAGAGGAAUUUGUCAAAUAAAGAGCUAACAUAUCUUCCCAUCUCACCAAAUUCAAAUACACCACCUACUAACAGUAGACCCUGGUGAUUGUUGGGCUUGUUUCUGUCACUGCUGUGUUAUUAUUCUGUUACUUAUGUCACUGUGGGAAGGUGAUAGGUAAUGCGGAAAUCUGGCUUUCCAACCAAUAGUAUUGGUAGUGGGUUUGUUGCUGGAAGCAGACUGUGUACAGUAAGGACAGCUGCUGGGUAGAUUAAGUCAAGUCUAGUGGAUGAAGACAGAGCUGCAAUGUUUUGCAGCAGUAGUUGGACCAAUAGAUCUUUUUGUGGGAGGCAUUUUUAUAUGUGAUAACAAGAAAUGCACAGUUAAUAACACGAAAGAAGGCUGUAUUCCAUUUAGGUGACCCACCUACGGAGUACUGGUAUUCUGCAUGCUGUCUGACUGGCGUGACCUUUAAAUGGAAGAAAUGGUUCAUUUAAUAAGAUGUGCAUGAGGAGCGACUGUCCAGAGUGUUUGACGAAGUGAUGGGGCUUGGAGAUUUUGCUGACUCCUCCAGGGGCUCUGCCACGUCUUCAAGGAGCGGUGGUCAAGACGAGACAAAGGAAGCAGACAAAACUUCAGGACCAGGGGAAGACCAGCACAUAGAAGAAGAGCAUAGCAACGGCAGCAGACAAGAAGAAAAGAUGGAUGAAGGGAUGGGAGAGCCAUCCUUUCCUCGCAUAUCAUCCCCUUCAUCUGACCGACACUCCUCGUUUACCAUGGGAACCAAUGAAGGAGGAGGACGAGGUGGACGAAGUGGAGGGGCAGCAUUUGAUGAUGCAGUGGAUGGCCUGGAAGAUGAUGAAGACUGGCACUUUGCCUUGCCGAUGGGCAGCCUCGAGGGCGUGGGUAAGGGAAACAAAAAACAGCCAGAAGCGGGGAACAGUGUAACUCAAGAGGAUCCCUUUGCUCAUCAGCCCAGAGAUGAGGAGGAGGAACCAGAAAGGGAAGGGAGCAGUGAGUCUGCGAACACCUCCCACUCCUCCCAGGACCACACACCUGACAACAGCCAAGAUGGGGGCGUCCUGAACCAGACGGAAGAGACAGAAGAUAGCCAGGAGGGAGAGAGGUCAGAGGCAGCUCCAAUGGAGGACAGUAAUCCUCAGUCUCCUAUCAACAUUAAAGAUGAGCCCAUUGAUGAAGGCUAUGACGCUGCUUUACUGCCUCAGAGCUCCAUCAGACAGAUUAAAGAGGAGUUGGAACAUCAGGAGGAAGAACUGAGGAUCAGCUCUGUCUACUCUGUUGGUGGAGGAAACACCUUUGCAUCCCCUACCAUUCUUCUCUUAUCCACUCUAGUGCCUGCAGCACUCCCAGCACCCCCUCCGGCGGCCAUUUUUAUCCCAGGUAGAGGUGCUGUCCUACAAGCCAUGGCUCCCCUCCCUGUCAGACCACAAGUUCCAAUCCAGUCACUACCAGCUCUGGCACCAGUACCCCCACGCCCACCUCAGCCCUCAGUUCCUGGUAGUGUUCGCUGCAGUGGCUGCUCUAAGGUUCUGCUGAAAGGCCAAACAGCAUUCCAAAGAAAAGGUUCAACACAGCUCUUCUGUUCCACAGUUUGUCUGACUGGUCAUCUGCCCCCAGCUAACAAAAACCGAUCCUGUUUCCAGUGCAACAGGGAGAUUAUUCAGCCCAGGGACAUGAUCACAAUUCCAGCAGACGACAGCACUUUCAUGCACUUUUGUGGACAGUUCUGUCUGUCGGUCUUUAGACACAAGAAAAAACAUUCUGACAAGAUUCCUGACAAACGACUGGAGAGGAAGCCUGAGAAGCUGCCUGAGAAACCAGCAGAGCGACAGCCUGAAAAACCCUUUUGCAGUGUCUGCAAAGUCUCUAAUAGAGUGAUUGAGCAUGAGGUCACCCAUCAAGGUCGUCUGCACAGACUCUGUAGUGAUGCUUGUUUUGUAACAUGGCGCAAGAUACGGCAGUUAGCCAUGAACUGCUGUGAAGGCUGUGGACUUUACUGUAAUAGUAAUUCAGGCUCCUGUCAGACACUCACAAUUGACAGAUCUCAGCUCAACUUCUGUGGUCCUACCUGUAUUGGCACCUACAAACAGACCUGCAGAAAGAUGGUUGAGUGUGCCUACUGUCACAAGAUGGCAAUAGUGUCAUCCACCAUCAUGGAACGAGACCAAAAGGGCAAAGUUCAGCUUUACUGUUCAUCUGCUUGUGUGGAACAGAGUCGACCCCCCCGACACAUUCUCACUGGUACUGAAUUCCCCUGCUGCCUGUGCAAGGUGUUAGCUGUUCCUCAGUAUCAUCUGGCCAUGGUGGACGGCACCAUUCGUAACUUCUGCUCCUACGACUGUGUUUCUAUAUACAGGAAGUCUGGGCACACCUCUCAACCAGACCUGAUCAAUGGAACCUCUGCUCUCAGGGACCCCUCCCUCAGAGACGCCCCCAAACCGGGGCCCUCUGCGGGAGCCAGCUCAGUCCCUCCCAUCCCUCAGGACUACACGUCUUCAGUCCCCUAUCCGGGCCACCAUCACAGUCAUACCUCAGUGCCCCCGCUGGUGCCUCCCUAUCCAGCCAUGUCCUCCCCUUCUGUCCCAGGGCAAACCCAGGCCAGAGCACCUGCUGGUCAGACACUGAAACAAGCAGACGCCGGAUCCAAUGACCCCUCCAAGCUGACCUGCCAUCAGUGCUUCAAACUAUUCAAUAUCAAGCCGCUGCUUUUUAGUCACCAAGGUCGUAUUUCUAUGUUCUGCAGUAGGAUGUGCUGUGAGCAGUAUAAAACUCAAAAAAAUAUCCUGGUGAUGUGUGAGGGUUGUAAACAGGAGAAAGUGCUCUUUGACACCAUCAGCUACAAUCAACAGGACCUGGUCUUCUGCAGUGAAAGCUGUAAGCUACUCUUCAAACAUGACCUGACAUCUCGUAACAAGGAUCAUCCCUGGCGCCCCUGCACCUACUGCUCCGGUAUCAGCCAGAAGAUGCUGCACAGCCACUAUGGAGGCAGGAUGGAGGAGUUCUGUAGACCCCACUGCAUGUCCCAGUACACUGUACUCUACUAUGGGAUGGGGAGAUGCGACAGUUGUCGGAAACAGGGCUACAUGACUGAAAAACUGCAGUGUUUGGGUUCAGUCCGUAAUUUCUGCAACCUGCCCUGCCUGCUGCAGUACUGCUACCUGCAUUUUGAGACGAGCCAACACACCAGCAGUAACGGUACUGGAACGGCCCCACAAACACCAUAUGCUCCUACCCAGCCCCACCAUUCCUCAAAGAUGAAUCCUGUCAUAGCUGAUGUGGUGUCACUGGCCAAUGGCUCUGCCACUCAGCCCAGUGUGUCGGCAGAUACUGCUCUGACUGGAGCACUUCCGACCUCCAACGUUGAUGGCAAGAACUUAGACCAUGCCAGUACUCAGACUGAUGCCAUGCGAGUGCCUGUGUCCCGUCGACGUCAAAUGAAGAACAAGUCAGUUCUGUGUCGGCCCUUCACUAUGGACCAAGAGAGCAUGUGCCAGCUGCCCGCACCUUCCACUGAAUCAGCAGCUCUGUCUCUGCCCUCAGUUAGCUUCUCAGCAGGAGAGGAGAAUGUGAAGGUGUUAAUGGUGCCCAUCCCAGUACCAGUCUUCAUUCCAGUGCCUAUGAACAUGUACUCCCAGCACACACCUGUUCCUAUGGCUAUGCCUGUGCCUGUUCCAGUACCCAUGGUAGUACCACCACAGAACAAGGAGAUGAAAGACGCAGCAGUCCAAUCAGAGCCUUGGACUAUGAAGGAAGAAAAACUGAAAGAUGGGUUUGUUUCCAGUGCAGACCAAAGCAGUUGUUACAGUGGAGACCUGAAGUCAGACGUGGUCACUCCAAUAGUCCGUGAAAAUGAGAAGACUCAAAAACCGGUUCAAGCUGACCUGCCAGUUACUGUAAGUUCAGAGAGGAGCACAGAGUCAGCUGAUCCACAACUCAAUACGCAGUCAGAGGAGAGCGCCACGACAAGCGACCCACCUACCACCAGUUGCGAGCAUCAACCUCCCUCCUCUCCAAUGAUGGACUUGGAGACUGACUUCCCGUCUGAAUCGUUGGAUCAGAAGCCAUCUGCUCCUCAGCGUGGAGUGAAGAGACCCAGAGAAGAUUUCUCUGGCCGGAAACGGGGUCGAAGGCGAACUGGUACGGUGGACCGCAGUGCAGUGAUGACUGUUGUGACAGCUGUCUCCAAACUGAACCACCUGUAUGGGGUGAAAGCCUGGAGGACCUGGGUCCAACAACGAAACAAACAACUGAGAGAAUCCAGUCCAGUGGAUAUUAAAGAAGACGUCCUUCAGUGUAACUCUGCUGAGCUGAGCUUAGCUCUGACUCGCUUCAUUAGGGAAGUGAGACGGCCCAAUGGAGAGACCUACAGCCCAGACAGCAUCUUCUACCUCUGUCUGGGGAUACAGCAGUACCUGUUCAUGAAGGGCCGCAUAGAGAACAUCUUUACUGACGAGCUGUACAGUCAGUUUGCUGCUGAGAUCACCAGGAUGCUGCGACUCUGGAGACCUAAACUACUACCCAGUGGUGGUGUUGUUUCCUCCCGUGUUGUGGAGUCCUUUCUGUGGGAGUGUAAACAGCUGGGCGCCUACUCUCCAAUAGUGUUGCUCAACACGCUGCUCUUCUUCUGCACCAAGAACUUCCGCUUCACCACACUGGCGCAGCACCAAAGCCUCUCCUUUACCAACUUCAGCCGAUGCUCCAAACCCUGCAGCCGAGCCGGCAAAGCCCACUACCUCCGAUACCAGAGAAGUAGCACCGCUACGCCACGCAGAGAGGACACAGAGCGGUUGAGAAAAAGGCAGGCAGAGGAAGAGGGAGACCUGGAGAUGCUUGAAAAUGUCACCAACCCUCUGCACUGCCCUGUCAGACUCUACGAGUUCUACCUCUCUAGAUGCCCAGAGUCGGUGAAGAUGAGAACCGACAUGUUUUACCUCCAGCCUGAACAGAAUGUGCACACACACAGUUCCCACUGGUACACUUCUCAACCAUUAGAGGGCACCACUCUACAAAGCAUGCUCACACGCAUCUUGGCUGUCAGAGAGGUUCACCAGGAGCAGUUAGCAGCCCAGCGUCAGUCCUCAGCCACUGCGGAUGAUGACAGUUUACAGUGAUAUGGAGCUCUGCUCAUUCACAUCCUGCUAUGAUGCUCUGCAACAGAAACCUUCUCUGAUGCUGAACACUUGACAGUGAAGUAAAGCUGUAGGUACGGCCAUCAGUCAGACUGAGGCUGACAGGUCUUUGAAACAGGGAGACAGAACAAAGGGACACAGUGGAAGUGUUAAAGUAUGAGAUAAUUACAUUGUAUUCUGUUACCUGAGUGACAAUCCCCAUCCCACAUAAAUGCAUAAUGAGUUUACAAACAUCAGUUACUCAGAAAUAUGAAAAAGGGAGUGUUGCAGAGUACAUUGUUAACGCAGUCUUCUUUUCUCGCCAGUGUCACACCAGAGUGAUACAUAUCACAUAUGUGGCAGGUUUAUAUGCUACCAGUAACGGCUCAUGCCAAGCCUGUCAGAUGUACCUUUAUUUCUGCAAUAUUAGACUGGUGUGAGCAGCAGAUUGUUUACAUCCAUCAGGCACAGUCAGAUCCGUUCAUUAAGGGGUUUAAAUGUGCUGCUUUACUGUCGUUUCCCCUCCCUGCAUCAGCACAUUGUAAUAUGGAGAGUAUUUACUUGUACAGUAUGAGUUUAAAGGCUGUCACUGGUAUGUGAGUGUUGAAACUGCCUCUUGCGCUUUUAAAUUUCACCAAAACCCUAAAACAAUGACAUUUCGAGCAGGUUUUGUAAUUUGACGGUGUGGCACAUUCAUGCAUUGCUGCACCAAUGUUUCUCAGUUCCCACAGGCAUACAGUAAUGGUAAAUGGUAAAUGGACCUGUACUUGUAUAGCGCCUUUCUAGCACUUUUACACUAUAUGCCACAUUCACCGUUUCACACACAUUCACUCAGCGAUGGCAAAGUCCAUCGAACAGAAACUAAUGCAUUCAUACACAUUCACACAGAGCAGUUCAGGGUUCAGUGUCUUGCUCAAGGACACUUUGACAUGUGGUGGGAGGAGCCGGGGCUCAAACCAACAACCUUCCGAUUAGUAGACAACUAAAAAUAUGUAAACAUUUGUAAAGAAAUUAUGUGGUUUAACAAACUGCAUCAUAUUCAUCACAUUGGACGGUGGAUGCCAUUGACUGGGUAACAUCCAGCAUUAAAUUAAAAGCCAAUAUCUGACUUACUAUGUUGUUAAAGCAGUAUACUGUAGUGUAAUCCUUCUUUUAAUAGUAGAGGAGAAACAGUGCCUCUCAUCUUUUGUUGUUUUAUUAUUAUCUAGUUAUCUGAUAUUAUGUUGUUCCCCUUUUAUAUUCUUCAUCCUGUGUGGCCUUAUUUCCUUCUCAGCAACUUUCCCCUCUCCCGCCCUUUUUAACCGUGAAUGCCGAUGAGGAUUCUUCCCUUUUUUCUCCCUGGCUUUUCCUCGUAUACCUUAACAGAUUCCCUCUGGAGUUCAAGUGGAAGAGUAGCUCAUUACCAACAUCCACUACAUUGCAGUGCAUACAGUAUACUGAACUCAAAAUGAUGGAGCUGAACUUCAUUUUCAGACCUUGAUUGACUUUAGAAUGUUUAGAAAAUACAUUCUCACCAUUAUUAUGAAUUGGAGUGUCACAAUUAUUAUUACAUAUAUGAUCACAGGGCUCUUUAUGUGUAUCCUAUUUCUAACAGUGCCAUUGUCUUUUCCUUUGGGCCUUUAUGUUUUUCUCUUCCCCUUGCCUUUUUUUUUCUAAUUUGAGGAAAAUUGGAAUUAGAGGAAUUUGGAUGAGCAGUAGACAGCUAAAAGUACUAGUACAAUACUUGUCCUAACCCUGAUCCUGAGGUUUCCUGUAUUAUAACUAAUGUUGUGUAUGGUUUAUGGUGAAGUAUGUUUUUUGUUGGCCAUACAUUAAGUCAAAAACAAGCACUGUGACAGUGUGCCUAAGAUGUUUACCACUGGGUCAGUGGUAAUUUUGUUUCUAGUCAUUCCUGUUAUCUGUAAUAGACCUUUAAUUAAGAAUGGAUGCUGAAAUUCUUUCUAAAGUGGCAUGUAGGUAGUCCUGGGGACUGAAAACAGAGAAAAUAUAGAAAAUGUUGCUGGUCCAUAGGGUUGCUGUGAUAAACCCUCAGAAUCUAAAGCUCAACCACUGCUCAUAACUCAUCAAAGAGAUGCUAAACUUACGUAAACAUUUCUGGACAUACUGAAAAUGAAAGCCUAGACAUCUUAUAAUGUCCAUUUUACAUUUUACUGCCAUUUCAUAGAAUGCUGCAUCUUAAUUAGAAUGUUUUUAAAACAACUAUCAUAAAAUGUAAUUUCUUUCAAUUUAAAAAAUAAAUAUAUAAGACACACUACUGCUAAGUUGAGAUUUAAUGGAAAUAUUACCAUUUGUUCUUUUAUUUUGUGGUAAUAAUGACUCCACUACCCACCAUGCCUUGUGGGGCCGUCAGGGAUAUGGUGCAUUUUUGUCACACUGUUGUAAUGUGCUCUUUGCUACUUGCAUCUGUUUUGUUGUUAUAGCUGUUGUUAUAUUUUUUCAUGGAGGCCAACGUGCCUUUACUUUUGCCUUAUGUUGAUGCUUUAUAUAAUAUCUGUGUAACAGUGUAAAAGAGUUAUAAGCACUACUUAUCAGACCAGCCCAAAGCUGGAGUUGAUAGAUCUCUGUAGUGCUCCAUGCUAACUUUAAGCAUUCACAGUGUGGACUGACAGUAAUCCAUUAGCAUUAUCCACACAAAGAGUUCUGUAAAUGUUGGUGAUUUUUUUUAAAACAACAUAUUCUAACACACCGUCACCGCUGCUGGUGCAAAUGAAAUGUUACUGUCUGAAUUUUAUCACUGCUUUUAUCAAUAUUGUCACACCCAUUUGAUGAUUGUUUAGAAAGAAAAGGCCCAGAGACAUGUUUUAUUGCCAUGCACAAGAUGCUGUAUUGCCAUUAAGUAUUAAAAAAACAUUUUAUUCCUUUC